UGUGCUCAGUGACUUUUCCAUUAGCCAUAACUGUCGAUUAAAUGAACCAUUACGCAGGAGGAUGGAGGGAAGUCAGACGUUUCAGGGACAACGUGAUCCUUACACCUGGUUCACAGAGUCUCAGCUCCAGUCUGUCAUCAGGAACGGUGUAGUCCCGGAGUGGUUUCAUGGGAUCAUUUCCAGAAAGACAGCAGAGGAACUGCUAAUGGCUAAGCCGCCGGGUUACUUCCUCAUCAGAGUCAGUGAGAGCAGGAUCGGCUACACUCUCUCGUUUCGUGCCGAGGACCGCUGCAGACACUUUAUGAUUGAUGCACUGGAACAUGGCUCUUACAUCAUAGUGGGGGAAAACAGGUAUCACCGGUUUCUGCAUGACCUGGUGGACUUUCAUCGUAGAACUCCCAUCAUGCCUUUCACUCAAGUGCUGACUGUUCCUUGUGGACAGGCUUCUAAUGACAAGACUGACUAUGCAGAACUACUGUUUUGCUCAAGAGGUCCAGACUCUAGGGCCAGUUUGCCACCAAACAACUUCCAGGUUCCCAGCAUAAAUCCACCAGGGUCAAGAGAGGAUAUCCCACCUGCCCUUCCUCACCGCCCAAAUUAUUUGGGAAACUCACCAAUUUUGCCUCCAAAAAGCCAAACAAAUAGACUCUACCCUUCUUUGGAAGAUGAGUUUCAGCACAAUACCUCUCCACCCCCAGCACUGCCUGUCCCAACACCCAGGAAGAAAUAUACAGGUGAUAAUCCUCCAUCCAACCAGCCUCCCGAAGUCCCUUCUCGAGACUGCAUGGCUCUGAAGCAGAAUCAGGCUGUCAGAACAGUCUCUGCUCCUGAGAAUCUGCCCACGUUUGCAGGCUCCGAACAACCGCCCACUACCAACAACCAGCAAGUGAGGAAUCAAGAAGUAAAGCCGUCAGUCGUCACCAACCUAAAGAACUUCAAGAAGAAAUUCCAAAAGAAGAGGGGCCCGUUGCAGGAUAAUUCAUACGAAGAGAUUAACACUGACAGGGGUGAAAAUGAUGAGCACGAGUACCAGGAGAUCACGAGGGAUCUGACCUUUUGUGAACCACCACUUUCCUCCAGCUGCACUCCUGUGAAGCUGACUGAUGACAUGUUACCCUUAGAAUAUAUGCCACCUCCACCUUUUGCUCCAGGCUACGGACCCACAUGAGAAAAUAGAGUGCAUAAAAUAUAGUGAAUAUGGACAGGUCACAGUGAUCACCUGAAACUAUAAUAAACAAGUGUGUCAAGUCAAGGAAGAGGUUAAUGUGUACAUGUAUCCUCAUCUGGGCAAAGGAGAGGAAGUGGAAAAUACUGCAUUCGUCCAACCUUUAUGAUCCUUUAUCUUUAUGACCUUUGUUCACCUAAAGAGAGGCUUAAUGUCAAAGCAUUGCACCAGUCUUUCAUUCUUAGGAUGUGUCUACAACUGGCUAAUGCAGACACUGAAACACAGUGAAACAGCUAGACUAGACACAAAAUGUGCCUAUCGGUUUCUUUAAAGUUUACUAAUUAAAUCAUUCCGUGUGUUUUCUUUUUUUCCCUGUUGUAUAAGAUAACAGAGGCGGGAUAGAUGCCUCAUCCUGUUUUCUGUCUUUAUGCUAAGUUAAGCUAAGCUAAGCCAACAGCUGCCACAGCCUCAUAAUAUUCCUAUUCCCUUAACAUUUAGGUCGCAAGGAAUAUUUAUUAUGCAUAAAAUUAUAGGAUAGAUUAAACUGCCUCCUUCAUGCAAAUGUAUUUAGUGCCAAAUUAUAUAUUAUAUAUUUUUUUAAAAUGUUCCAUACAUCAAAACUCUAUUCAGACAAAAGGUGUCACAUUAAAAUGAAUAAUGCAAUAAAUUUGUUACAU